AUCAAUUCUAGCCCCUCUCCAUUCUGUAACCUUUGCUUGCAAUUGUUGAAGCCAUAUAUCAUACAACAAAAUGCUACCAGGAUUACUACGAAGCUCGAGGGUGUUGCCUAGAUUGAGGAUAAACUAUGUAAACAAUGCGAGGAAUCUUGUCCACAGGAGAACGCUAGUUGCGGCACCGAAAGCUGGAGAUGGUCCCUUGAUGGAGAGGAGGGGAGAUCGGGAAUUACCUGGUAAUUUUUCUUUCCUGGCUUCAACAAUGGAUGCCUGAGAUCAUGAUAAGGAACAUACUAACAAGGACUCAGAGCUUCCCGAAAAUGGCAUGAAAUGGGUUCGCUCAAUUCCCAUAUUCCUCGCCGUCCUAAUUUCUAGCACCCUCGCUAUUUUCAACUACCAAAAAUCCUCAUCCUCGGUCGUAUCCUCCACACUCUACGCGCUGCGCACAUCGCCCAAAGCGCGCGAAUUCCUCGGUGAUGAGAUAUACUUUGCGCAUAAAAUGCCUUGGAUUUGGGGCGAGAUGAAUCAAUUGCAUGGCAGGAUUGAUAUACAGUUUGAGGUCAAAGGGACGAAGAGGAGUGGUACAAUGAAGUUUACGAGUUUUAGACCUACGAGACAGGGAAUGUUUGAGACGACGGAGUGGAGUUUAGAGGGUGGGGAGGGGGAUGAGAAGGUUAGGAUUGAUUUGUUGGAUGGGGAGGAUCCGUUUAAGGGAAUUGAAGAUGUGGAGAGGUCGGCGGAGCCAGGUAGAGGAAGUUAUGCGCCCAAUUUGUCUGGAUAGAGUGUUGAACUAUGGGGUAGAUUGGGAGGGUGUGUUAUGAGAGACGCCAGACGUGUUGGUAAAUGAGGUCGAGGCACUGGCUGCACAAGUCAACUGAAAUAUGAUCAGCCGGGUAGGUUACACAAUGGCGAUGAUGGAUACCACUCAUGACUGGGGCGCAUGGAUAAGCAUAUGUAAAUGUGUCAAGGGGACGAUAGUAGACUUAAAUGAUUGCGGGGAAAAGGUCAAUGGAUUGGCGUU